AUGCAGAAUUCCGGUGUGGAUCCUCCUUUGAUGAAAUGCGAUGUAACUCAAACAUGUGUGGAUACAACUGAUGUUUUUGUAACUGGUCAAAAAUUUGCUACAAGAAAAGAGGCGAUAAGUUGGAUUAAGGAGGUUGGAAUCAGGAAUAAAGUGACAGUUAUAAUAACUCGUUCAGAUACAAAAACAGGCAAGAGAGGAAGAAGUGAUAAAUUAGUAUUUCGUUGUGAUAGAGGUGGAAAAUACAAAAAAUCAGAUAGCGAAACCCAAAGUGCUAGUAAGAGAUGUGGUUGUCCUUUCAAAAUUAGGUCAACACCGUCGAAAGAUGGUUCUGGAUGGAAGAUCGAUGUAACAUGCGAAGUACAUAACCACGGCUUACCUGAUAGAUUUGAAGGGCAUGCUUUCGUAAGUCGACUAAAUACAGAUGAUAAGCAACAUAUUAUUGAUUUGACAAAACGCCAUGUUCCACCAAGACACAUAUUAUUGUCAUUGCAAGAGCGUGACCCGGAGAAUGUCACUCGGAUCACGCAAAUAUACAAACAUAAGAGUAAGAUACAAAAAGACAUAAUGGAUCCCAGAACAGAAAUGCAACAAUUGCUCAAGUUGGUUGAAGAAUCAGGUUAUGUUUACUGGAGUAGGAAAAAGGAUGAGUCAGAAGUUACAAACAAGUACAAGCAACCGUUGUUUGAAAUAGUUGGUAUGACAUCAACUAAAUUAACAUUUGCUGUUGCAUUUGCCUGUAUGGAAUCUGAGCAGACAGAUACUUUUUGUUGGGUAUUGGAUAAGUUGAAACAGUUGUUUAUCAAGCAGAAUGAUUGUCCUCAAGUAAUCUUGACUGAUAGAGAUCUUGCUUUAAUGAAAGCCAUUGAAACAGUAUUUCCAAAGAAAACUAAUUUGCUUUGUCGAUUUCACAUCAACAAAAACGUGAAAUCAAAGUGUAAGGAACAUGUUGUGGAUGAUAUGCGAGAAAUAGUGGAGAAAAUGUGGUUUGAACUUACAAGGGCUAGUGAUGAGAUGGAGUACCAUCAAAGGUUGAAACAACUUGAGGAUGCAUGU